AUGUGGGGCAAGAUCACAUCUCACAUCGGCUUAUGGUUGGGGCUCGAGGAGUCCGAGCGACCGAUGAGGGCCUCAUGCUCGAUGUCAAUGAUCCAUCAUCCUCAUCUCACCACAGUCCGCAAUUCGAAAUCGUCGGAAAAUCUGCAUCGGAUAACAUCAACGGUAUCUCCGAAGCGAAACAUCAAAGACAUUGAUAAUUCGCCGACAGUGAAAAAGAGCUCUUCGAUUUUCACAUUGAGACGGAGCCGAAACAAGGAGAAAAAGUACAAGAAUGAAAAACUUUCAGGCACCAAAUCGCCGAAAAAAAUGAACGAUAUGACGGCUUCAUGGCAUUCGCCGCAAAUUAAUGGAGCUGGAUCACCUGCAAGCGCAUCGAGCAGCGAGCAACAUCAAACUCCACCCAAAAAUCAUAUAUUCGGGUUUUUAAACCGCCAAUCGCGAUCUCGAAGCAACAAUCCGAGUGAUAACGUGACAGUUCACAACUCGAGCACACCAUCAUCGAGCUCAACCGUCGCCGACUUCACACAUCUUCGACGCCGACGUCCGCGAUCCGCGCAUUAUGAUCCGAACACGAUCACACUGCCAGCGAAAGAAGAAAUCACGCCGCAAAAUGUCGACGAAUUGUACAGAAAAUUGGAGAAACUUGGCGAGGGCAGCUACGCGACCGUCUACAAGUGCGAAUCGAAAAUUGACGGAUCGAUUGUGGCGCUGAAGGAGAUUAAGCUGCAGUUCCAAGAGGGACUGCCAUUCACCGCGAUACGCGAAGCAUCGCUUCUCCGCAAUCUCCGACAUGCCAAUAUCGUCUCUCUUCAUGAUAUCUUUUAUCAACAUAAUCAGCUAACAUUUGUCUUUGAAUAUAUGAAAAUGGAUUUGAGCAAGUAUUUGGAGCAAAAUAUAUUCGGAUUAGAUAGUUUCGAGAUCAAGCUUCUAUUAUUCCAAUUGCUCAGAGGACUCGAUUUUUGCCAUAGGAAAAAGAUUUUGCAUAGAGAUCUGAAACCGCAAAACCUGCUGUUGGAUGAGGACGGCGUUCUGAAGCUCGCCGAUUUCGGUCUGGCUCGCGCGAAAUCGGUGCCGAGUAGGACAUACUCUCACGAGGUUGUCACUCUCUGGUAUCGACCGCCCGAUGUGUUGCUCGGCAGCACCGAUUACUCAACGUCGUUGGAUAUGUGGGGUGUCGGGUGCAUUUUCGCCGAGAUCUGCACUGGCACUGCGCUGUUCCCGGGCACCAAAGACGCCGUCGAUCAGCUCGACAAGAUCUUCAGUAUUCGCGGUUCGCCGGAUCGCCGAAAAUGGCCCGAAGUGGUCAAUCUUCCGCGAUACUCUCCAGGAAUGUUCCCCGAGUAUCGCGAGCUCUCCUUCAUCGCCGUCAAUCCAAAGUUCACGAAGAUCCUGAAGAAUGGCCAGGAGCUUCUCGGAAUGCUGCUCCAACUCCGUCCAGACAGUCGAGUGUCAGCAGCCAGCGCCAUGCUUCAUCCCUACUUCGCCUCGCUUCCCCGCGAGAUACAUCUUCUAUCCCCAAACCAAUCAAUAUUCAAGCUCAAAGAGUUCAAAGAUUUCAUCGGAUUCUAA